AUUCAGUUACUCUACAAACAAAACCAGUUUCACAAAAACCACAUUUACCCCCGCAAUCUCCACGUCUCUCCGUUUCCGAUUACCCAAACCGGAAGAAAUCCAGCUCAUCACCACCGCCUUCCACCGUCGUACCGCCGGAGACCAUGCACGAAACGGAUAUUCACGAUUUGUCCGACGACGCCGAUUACGCCGCCGCCUCUCAACAGGGCUCGUCAAGCAUAAACCGUAGUGACAGUAGCAAGCGAAGCUCUUCUAGUGAUCUAGAAGAUGCAGAAAUAGUGUAUAUGAAGGAUAAUGUGGCGAUUCAUCCCACUCAAUCUGCUAUAGAAGGGAUCGGUGGGCGUUUGAAGUUGUUAAAGCAAGGUUCCUCACUAUUCAUGACGUGGAUACCUUAUAAAGGCCAAAGCUCAAAUGCGAGGCUGUCUGCAAGAGAUGCAAAUUUGUAUACCAUAAGAGCAGUAUCGUUUUCUGGUAUCCAUUCAAUUCGUCGGCAUACACCAACAAUUGGGUGGCAGUAUGUUAUUGUUGUUCUUUCAACUGGUCUAGCAUACCCUCCGCUGUACUUCUAUAGUGGAGGAGUACGAGAGUUUUUUGCUACAAUUAAGCAACAUGUUCUUAUUGUCAGGUCUUCAGAAAAUGCGAAUGUGUUUCUUGUAAAUAACUUCCAAGAUCCUCUUCAGAGAACUUUGUCUUCACUGGAGCUUCCAAGAUCUCUUGCAAACAGAACACCUUCAUCUUCAUUUCCAGAUUCUCCCUCUGAGGGCAAUUCGGACAAUAAACAUACUUCAGAAGACGAAAGUUCGGAUAGCAUUCAACAAAACAAUAAACAGAGGCAAAAAAGUCAAGAUCCUGCACGAGAUAUUUCAAUUCAAGUUUUGGAGAAAUUCUCUCUUGUGACAAGGUUUGCUCGAGAGACGACCUCACAGCUUUUUCGCGAGAGCCUUGAUGCUCAUGGGCCUAAUGAGAAACGGAGGACGAAUUGGGAAACAUCUGCAAAUGAUGUGGAAAUUGCUCCCAAGAAAGUUCCUGUACCUUCUGACCCUCUGGAGCUCGAUAAACUGUCAAAGGUAUGGGGACAACCACGACAACAUCCUUUAGAACAUCAAGAGUGGUCAAUCUUUAUGGAUUCCGAAGGUCGUAUUGUUGAUCCUGAUGCUUUGAGAAAGCGAGUAUUCUAUGGGGGAGUGGAGGACAGUUUGCGUAAAGAGGUUUGGCCAUUUUUGUUGGGAUAUUAUUCAUAUGAUUCUACAUAUGCAGAGAGGGAGUAUGCUGUGUCAGCUAAGAAGUCAGAAUAUGAGACUAUCAAAAACCAAUGGCAGAGCAUUUCUGUAGAGCAGGCAAAAAGGUUUACAAAAUUCAGAGAAAGGAAUGUUCUUAUCGAGAAAGACGUGGUAAGGACCGACAGGUCACUAUCAUUCUAUGAGGGUGAUGAUAAUCCUGAUGUACGCCGUAUGCAUGACAUAUUGUUGACUUACUCAUUCUACAACUUUGAUCUUGGUUACUGUCAGGGCAUGAGUGAUCUCCUUUCCCCGAUAUUAUAUAUCAUGAAAGAUGAAUCAGAAGCAUUCUGGUGCUUCGUUUAUCUAUUGGAACGGCUUGGACCAAAUUUCAAUCGUGAUCAAAGUGGCAUGCACUCUCAACUUUUUGCACUCUCUAAGUUGGUGGAACUUCUAGACAGUCCGUUACAUGAUUACUUCAAGCAGAAUGACUGCUUGAAUUUUUUCUUCUGUUUUCGCUGGAUUCUUAUUCAAUUCAAAAGGGAGUUUCAAUACGAGACAACGCUAAGGUUAUGGGAGGUUUUAUGGACUCACUACCCUAGCGAGCAUCUUCAUCUAUACGUAUGCGUCGCUAUCCUUAAAAGACACCGGGCCAAAAUAAUGGGCGAGCAAAUGGACUUUGACACCCUUCUAAAGUUCAUCAACGAAUUAAGCGGUCAAAUCGACCUUGAUCCCGUUCUUCGCGAUGCAGAGGCUCUAUGUGUGUAUGCCGGUGAGAACGGUGUCGCCUCGAUCCCGCCAGGAACCCCGCCGUCAUUAUCAUCCCAAGAUGCUUCGAUUUAUCAACAACAAGACGACGAGGUGCUAUAAAACAGGAUGCCCGGUGAAGAUAAAUAAAAACACAUCAGAAAGUACAGUGUUAUACUGAUGUUUAAGCCUCUGUUUUCUGCAUGUUGAUUCCUAUACUGAAGAAAGUAAUUAGUUUUGCAAUUUUUAAACACAACACAAGACAUCCGUACUUCUAUUACAAUCUUAGAUAAUAUACCGUUUUCUUGCUGUUGUGAUUUCUUAUGCCACACUUUAUGCUUGUUGGAUGCUAUAGUCUGCAAAGAUCUAUGUAAUUCAAUUA